GUCUUUAUUCUCGCCGCCUCGCGCACGCCCAUCGGCAGCAUCAAUGGGGUGCUCGCUUCCGUCAAAGCGCCAGAGCUUGGUAUUGCCGCAGUCAAGCAUGCGGUCGAGCGCGCGGGUAUCAAGGCGGACAGGGUAGAGGAGGUGUACCUCGGGAAUGUCGUUCAGGCUGGGGUUGGACAGAGUCCCGCCCGGCAGGUUGUGAUUGGCGCUGGAAUGCCCGACUCGGUCGACGCCACCACCAUCAACAAGGUCUGCGCUUCCGGCCUCAAGUCGGUCAUGCUGGCCAGCCAAAACAUCAAGCUCGGCGUCCGCGGCGUUAUGGUCGCUGGCGGUAUGGAGAGCAUGUCGAACGCACCAUUCCUCCUCCCCCGUACCAACCCCGCCUUUGGCCACGUCCAAGCGCAAGACUCCCUCGUCACCGAUGGUCUCUUUGACGUCUACAACAAAUUCGCCAUGGGCAACUGCGCCGAGCACACCGCGUCCAAGCUCAGCAUUUCCCGGGAGGACCAAGACGACCACUGCCUGUCGUCCUACACCCGCGCCGCCGAGUCCUGGGGACAAGGCCUCUUCGCCGACGAGAUCGCCCCUGUGACGAUCAAGGGCAAGAAGGGCGACGUGGUGGUCAAGGAGGAUGAAGAGUACAAGAAGUUUAUCAAGGAGAAGUACAGGGGAUUGAAGAGUGUCUUCAUCAAGGAGGGGACCGUCACGCCUGCCAACGCGAGCAGCUUGAACGACGGUGCUAGCGCUGUCGUUCUGGCCUCAGGGAGCGUGGUGGAGAAGGAGGGCCUGAAGCCGAUCGCCAAGAUCCUAGGCUUCGCCGAUGCCGCAUGCGCCCCUAUCGACUUCCCUACCGCCCCCACCCUCGCCGUUCCCGCCGCUCUCAAGGCUGCCGGUGUCUCUCAGGACGACAUUGCGCUCUGGGAGUUCAACGAGGCAUUCUCGGUUGUCGCCUGUGCGGCUGAAAAGGUGUUGAAGCUGGACCGGAGCAUUGUCAAUGUCCGCGGUGGUGCUGUGGCUUUGGGACACCCCAUCGGAUCCUCCGGCUGUCGUAUUCUUGUCACCCUCAUCCACGCGCUCAAGCCCGGACAGAAGGGUGUGGCGGCGAUCUGCAACGGUGGUGGUGCGGCGAGCGCGAUGGUGAUUGAGAGGCUUUAG